CCUCCUCUUUAGCCGCUCCUCCUUCCUCAGCCGCACUUGCCAGCCGCUGCCUGUCCGGAUACUCCGGGGUGGAUGCGCCCCAAAGAGCCAGGUUGAUAGUCUCCAUCCUGCCUGGGGAGGUAGGACGAUGAGUGAAAGUAACCAUUACCAACGGGCAAAUGCAAGUAGGAGACGUCGUGGAGGUGCAGCAAAGCAAGUGAAAGAAAAUAAUGAAGCUUACAAACUUUUGGAUGAACCGCUCCAGAUGGAGUCUCAGACACAAACUCAGCAACAAUUGUAUUAUGGCUUGAGCCCACCACAGAAUUUUGAUGAGGCUGCAGAGAUGCCAGCUCCCUCAUUGACUCUUGUGACCAGUAUGAGGACCCAGCUGCAUAUGGCCCUUGAGAGGAACUCCUGGCUGCAAAAGCGAAUCAAAGACCUUGAAGAAGAGCGAGACUUCCUGCGCUGCCAGUUAGACAAGUUCAUCUCCUCGGCUCGUCUGGAUGCAGAUGACCACUUUCGCAGCAAACAGGCCCUCCGGCGGAAUGGGGAUGCGACGGACGAUGACAGUAUGGGCUCCUGGCUGACUGCCAGCCCUGAAGAAGGGGGCUCCACAGAACACAAAAAGCAGAAAGGUGGGACUAACAGAAGACGCUUUGUGAAACCCAAAAUGCGUGAGAGGCAGAGAGUCAAAGAUGUGGAUGGGGUGUUAUGCCGCUACAAGAAGAUCCUGUACACUUUCCAAAAGCUGCAAAGCAUGAGCCGGGCCUUUGAGCACCACCGAGUGGACCGGAACACUGUGGCCUUGACCACUCCCAUUGCUGAGCUCCUCAUUGUGGCCCCUGAAAAGCUGGCUGAGGUGGGAGAAUUUGACUCCUCCAAAGAGCGGCUGCUGGAGUAUUCCCGCCGAUGUUUCAUGGCACUGGACGAUGAGACACUCAAGAAGGUCCAGGCCCUCAAGAAGAGCAAGCUCCUCCUGCCCAUCACCUACCGCUUCAAGCGGAAAACAGACUCCCCCAUCCCUGCUGCUGGCAACCCUCUUCCACCACCCGCUACUCCACCCAAGCCACUUCUGCCCAUUGCUGAUUGCUGUAAACGAUGACUUCCCGCCUUUGGCUGCUGGGGCUCACUUUGUAAGCUGUUAUACCUCCAUCCCUGCCCAAUCUUUUCCAAGCACCUCUUGUGCCCUCUCUCGCCAUCUCUUUGGUCCUUGCCAAACAUUCCCCACAGCUUCAAAGGCUGGAUAAAGACAGCUUUGUAGGCUUGGCUAACUUGCUCAUGAGGUGAGGGAAUGAUCAGUGUUAACUUCUUAAGGUGUAUCGCUUAAUCUGACUGGAUGCUCCCACUGGACCAUAAGGAACACAUUUCAUUCUUUACUUCCACCUGAGAACUGACAAAAAUGGUUAUUCAGAGGACAGGUGAAGUAAGUCAGUGGGACAGAAUUUGCUGUAUCCAAAGGUAGAUGCUUGGGAGUUGCUAAAGCGGUAGAGUGACACUGUUCAGAUUGCCAAAUUGUUAAUAGGAAGUACACAGCUUGGGAAAGUUGUUUUGGACUCCCAUAUUCUCCCAGCCAGUAUGUGUUGGCUCAGAGAUUUCAGGAAUUACAUUAAAAAUAUUUUGUGAAGCUCUGGAAAUGUGAGCCCUGCCUCUAAAUCGGUUUCUAGCCCACAAACGUGCAUGGGAUCAUGUUCUCGUGCACACAGAAGUCUUUUGUUGCACAUCAAUUGUCUGAAAAGAUAAAUAGUUACAAGUUGAUAAAUACAUUUCCUUACCUCAUUUUUCCCAUGUCGUAGCUUAUUUACAAAGAGCCACAAAAUUAAGUGAGGAUGCUUAGAUGCCAAUUCCACGCUUAUUCAAUAGAGUGGAUAAGGAUGUGUGUGUGUUCCAUCUGGGCCAGAUCUUUCCCCCAUUUUGGAUUCUUUAACCCAAAGAAGCAAAUGGAUGGAGAGGAAUGGCUCCAGGGUCUUUGCAGCCAAUAACUUUCACUGGGUCCUUUCUUCUUUCCUUGCUUUGGGAUUCAUAGGUUCAUGCAACAGGCUUGCUUUCCCAGUUCUGACACAGUUCUGGAAGCAAUAGCGUUGGGGUUUUCAGCCGAAAGCUGGAUUGCUUCCUCCAAGGGGCUCUUCUGCUUCUGCACCUUGUUGAAAAUGUCUGCAAAAGCAAAAGAAAACCCCAAAUUGCAGCCCCUUAUUGAGCUAAGGAUCCUGAACUGGGUCCUAUUAUAUUAUAGUAUAAUUAUAUUUAUUAUAUUAUAUGUAGUUGUCCAGUUAUGUUAUUUAAUUUUAUUUAUCGGUUACUUUGUUAUAGUUAUGAAUUGAUUUUUGGGAUUAGGCAGGGUUGUUUAUUUUGUCUUUGUUUAAUGUAUUAUGGCAUUGAAUGUUUGCCAUUUUUUGUUGGAAGCCACCUUGAGUCCCUUCGGAGAGAUAGGGCAGAAUAUAAAGUUUUAUUAUUAUGUGUCUAGUCCUGCUGCUUAAAUUGGCCUCAACCUACAGACAACAAAGGUCUCCUUACAAAGCGAUUUUUGAUGGAGGAUUCAGACACUUCAUGUGCCAAGCCAUUAUUCGAUUGCCCUCUCCAGUCUGCUGAGUGAUUAGACUAGACCUGAGAAGGCAUAUAUGGUGGGGUACCAUUGCUUACCCGCACUUUAUAAGAAUUCUCUCCCUGCUGCUUUUCACUCAAAUUUUCCUCAGACUGGAAGGAUCAACUGCACUGUUCAGAGGUCUCUAGAUACUUUCCUUCAGCCUCCCAAAAUAUUCCCAUGUUCUGUACAUAUCUCAUAUUUUUUACCUCAUGGUUGUGCCAGGCUUUUUCUUCUAUUUCUGUUUACCUAUUACUGGCACUCAAACCAAUAUGUUUUUGCUUAUUGUUUAUUUGUUUUGGUUGGGGGGAUGAUGUUGUACUCUUGUAUUGUGUAAUUUGUUUUUUAACAAUUUGUUCCAUCCAUGGGAGAAAAGUGGGAUAAUAAAUAAAUAAAUAAAUAACUUGUUUUUCUGCCAAUUUUUGGUAAUUUUCAUUCUUUUUUGCUCCUUUUAUGUGAGCACUGUGCGUGCGCAGACACGGUGCAGGCUUUGUCAACUGAGGCUUUUCAGGUGCUUUGGACUAUUGAUCCUUUCACUAGCAUGGUGAAUGGUUGGCCAUGAUGGGGAUUGUAGUCCAAAGUAUCUGGAGGAUGUCAUCUAAGAAGGAUGUUCAGCACAUUUAUGGCUUCAGGAUACCACUGUGGAUGUGUAUGACAAAGAAUGAAUAUAAGGAUGUCAACAGUUUACCUCUGGUUUUUGGGAAUGCGCUCAUUUAUUCAGUGUAAUUAAUGGGUUGUUUCCACUGUGCCUGUAAUUUUUAACCCUGCCCCAUUUUCCUCUUGUGUUUAAAAUAUUUUAAAAAUAAAAAGUUUAAAAUUAUAUCUACUAAGAUUUAAGUUAAACUGUGUUUUGAAUAAAACUGAACAUCUGUGAUCUAUCUAUUUAUGUA